GUCGUCUCACAUCAAGUAUACCACUCCUCUGAUCUGCACGUCUGUAACAAAAGUCGACCCUCAGCGACAAUCCUAAACCUCAGUGUCUUGUUCCCCAAAAACCCAUGUAUGCAGCCUCUGCUUCGCAGAAACUACCUUUCUCCAAGUUGGUUGCAUUGCAACAAUGUGUAUCGCCCUUCCAGUAAGAGAAAUCCAUCCAACAAUAUUGCUAAGCCUGUCUAUGGUUGGUUCUGCGAGGGUAGUCUAUACUCGAUCGCCAAGGCGACCUCUCCACUCAUCAGUGAAGCAAUGAAGGGCUAAAGCCUUGGAAGAUAUAAGUAUUUUUUUAAAAAAAAACAGAAUUAGUGCAGAGCUUACACAGAUAGAAAUUCCACCACUGACCCAUUUCCAUGCCCGUUUCCACAUCUUAUUCUCGAGCGCUCU